GAGACUGAAUGCGGUCCCUCCCCAAGCCCAGCACAGACCUCGUGGUAGACACGGACUUCUCGUAUCAGCCAUAUUGAAAAAUUGAAUGUAUCUGUUACACAAGGGCUCAAGAGUAGCCGAUAAUUAUUUGCAUAAUCCUCAUCAAAAAGAGGAUAAAUAUCGCCAUGGAGAAUACGUACAGCAUCACCGUAACUAACAAAUUUUUGUUGGCCCUGGACGAGGAUGAGGAUCCUUUGGAGCUGCUGAAAGUUCGCGAACAAGAGAAGGAAGCCAAAAAGAAGGAAAAACUCUCCGAGAAAGAGAACAAAAGUAAGCAACCUGAGGCACCAGCCAAAACUCCUGGCGUGAAACCCCAAAAAAGCCGCGUUAUCAAGGAUGCGCAACAGCAGCAGGUGAAGCCCAACCAGGAGUUGAAAAAGGAUCAAGUUGAGAAAAAGCCAGCUCAGCCGCGUUCAGGCGGUGAUCGCAACGUUAAAUUCUCCGGCGAGUCUCGAGAGGAUCACAACAACAGACGUAACCGCGAGGACGGUGAUCGUCCCCCUCGUGCUCAAGGAGAGUACAGACGAGGGCCUUCCGGUGAGGGUCGAGAAAACCGAGAGUUCCGUGGUUCAAACGAUGGCCCACGCGGUGACUUUAGUGAACGUAGAUCAGCACGUGGAGGUCCUCGUGGUGGUGGCGCCGGCGAGAGGGGCUUAGGCCCACGUGGUGGACGUGGAGGAUCACGCGGUCAUCGCAGUGGUUUUGAUAAUCGCGGCAAACGGGAAUUUGAUCGUCAAUCUGGUUCUGAUAGAACACAACCGAGGCAUGCUUACAGUGGAGUCAAACCAGUUGACAAGAAAGACGGCGCUGGUAGCCACAACUGGGGAUCUCACAACGAUGACAUUGCAGAAACUCUAAACCAGGAAAACAAUGAAGACUGGAGCAACUUGGACAAACCUGAAGAAGUGCCAACGACUUCAACGGAGACUAAGGACUCAACAGAAGCCCCGGCUAGCGCUGGAGAUGCUUCUGCUGAAGAAAAGCCCGCUGAGGAAGAAACCAAGGAGCUCACUUACGAUGAAUGGAAGGCCUUGCGUGGAAAUCGUGCUAAGCCGACUUACAACUUGCGUAAAGCCGGAGAAGGCGAAGACUUGACUCGCUGGAAGAAAAUGUACGCUUUGGAAAAAAAGAAGGAAGGCGCUGAGGAAGAAGAUGAUGAAGAAGAAGAGUACGAUGCCGCUGCUGAGUACCCUCAACGCGUUGGAAGGCAAAAACGCGUUUAUGAAAUUGAAAUUCAGUUCAGCGACUCACGGCGUGGCGCUGGAGGACGUGGUGGCCGUGGAGGACGUGGUCGCGGUGACCGCAUGAAUGGUCGCGGUUUCGGUGGCAACCGUGGUGGAAUGAGCAGAGAUGAUACUCGUAUUGCUGCUGAUGUCAUCAAGGCUCCAGCUCCAGUAGUAGAGCAGAGAUCACCACGUGGACGUCCACAAAACGCUCCAAAGGUUGAUGACGAGCACGACUUUCCGUCAUUGGGUUAAACUUACUCACAGCUUCUUUAUCUUCGCGCUGUAUUGACAUCUAAGCAACAAAUAUACGGAAUUAAACUAAAAAAAAAAAAACCCCAUUAUAAAAAGAAAUAAUUUAAAAUCACUACUCUCAAAUACCAUCAGUGAAUGAUUAAAUAAUUAUGAUAACUUUGAACACUAGCUCUUUAUGCUACUCUUAUUAUCAAUUGUCACCACAAUCUCGCAAUGUUUAAAAAAAUACUUAGUAAUACAUUUAAUAACAAUACGUAAAACAACAUCGGUACGUGUGCGCAAAUUAUUGAGUCAAGGCAUAAUUAAAACUCAAAAUUGUUAACGAAAGUAGAAGAAAAGAAAUACAAAUAAUUAACAUUA